AUCAGCUGAUUUCUCACCUCACAAAGUACUUAAUUACGAUGCCUUGGAAACUUUGGAACCAGUAAAAGACUUGCAGGCCGGGUCGUGCCGCCCUUAGCCGGCUAAUUCUCCACUGCCAAGACUAAUAACCCUUAUAAAUUCGACCCAAAUCAAGCUAGACACCAUUAGAAGGAAGAAAGAAAGAAAGAAAAAAGUAGGCUCAAGAGAUCCUCUUACGUACAAUGGCCUAUUGGAAGAUCUUGGUUGCUUUGGCUAUUUUUGCAGUUGCUUUUCCAUCGACUUUGGCAACACAGUGGACUGUUGGGGGUUCCGCGGAAUGGAAUCUUAAUGUUAGUUACGUAGAAUGGGCUGCCAAACAAACAUUUGUCGUUGGCGAUUCGCUCGUUUUCAACUACAAACCAGGAACUCACAAUGUGAUCAAGGUGUCCGUGCCAGACUACGUCAGCUGCACGAUACCAGUCGGCGCCGUACCUCUGACUACCGGCGACGACGUGAUUCAGCUGCAAACACCAGGGAACCAUUCGUACAUAUGUGGCAUUUCCAAUCACUGCACGCUAGGAAUGAGGCUACUUAUCUUUGUUUCAGGAGAAGCGAGUCCAAGUCCGGCCCCAUCGUCCACCUCCGGUGGUGGGAUCACUGAGCUGGCACCUCCUCCGUCAGCAGCUACUGGGAUUAUUGCUUCCUGGAAGUGCCAUGCUUGGGUUGUCGGGGUUUUCAGCAUCCUCAUGAUGAUUAUGGCUUAAUUUCGGACACCUUUCUGAUUAUGGUCACAGUGCUUGUUUAUUUUUUCUCAUGGUGCAGUUUUGAAUUGUUUGUUAUGGUUUGGUAUAAUUUGGUUUGAUAGGGUUUAUAUGUAAUUCAGGAAUGCGAAAUUAAUAAGAAGUUCACUUGUUUACCAUUUUUCAUCA